AUGGCCGACUCCGACGAAGAAUAUGUGGGCGAGGUAACAGAAGAUGAAGAUGAUUUACAGGUGACUCGAGGCGAUAAUCCACGAGCCAAAAGAAAGCAGCGCGGAGGUGCAGAAUGGGAGCUAUCCAGAACCUGGGAGACACUGGUGGAGGGUGCAGAUGGUACCAUCAACUCGACUGUCGAAGGUCUUUUGGAAGCUGGAAAACGAAAGAGGCUCCUGAAAGAUACAACACCACUACAGCGCGGUAUCAUUCGACAUCUCAUCCUAAUUCUGGAUCUUUCGCAGUCCAUGUCCGAGAAAGAUUUGCGACCCACAAGAUACUUGUUGACUCUCCGAUAUGCCCAGGAAUUCGUGAGAGAAUUUUUUGAACAAAAUCCCAUCUCCCAGCUUGGUGUCCUCGGACUGAGAGAUGGUCUCGCGCUCCGAGUCAGUGACAUGAGUGGCAAUCCAACAGAACACCUCACAGCCAUCCAAGCCCUCAAAACACAAGAUCCAAAAGGUUUGCCUAGUCUUCAGAAUGGAUUGGAGAUGGCACGUGGUGCUCUUUUCCGCCUACUCAGAGAAAGAAUCUGCAAGCUCAUUGCUGAUGAUGGGGUUCCCUUCUCGUACAGUGGAGUCCAGUCCCUCGCUCUGCGCAUGCCAUUCAAAGCCCUCACGAGGAGGCUAUCUUUGCUCACGAUGCAACAGCAAAGUGUGUAG